AUGGCGCCCAAGAAGAAGAAGAAGCCCGCCGCCAACCCCGCACGCGCCGUCGCCACCACCUCUAUCGCGAGCAAGCCCAAGGUCGACAAGAAGCUCGACUCCGCCGACGCCUCCGAAACGGGCAGUGCAGCCACGCCCGCCACCCCCGCGACGCCUGGCGAUGCUGCACCCUCGCCCGCCGGCGCCGCCCCUGCGCCCAGAGAGCUGCACCAGCUCAGCCCGGAGGAGCUCGAGCAGCAGCUGGAGCGCAACGAGCUACAGCUCUUGGUCGAGAAGCACGCCCAAAAGGUCCGCAAGGAGUCCUCGCGCCACAUCACUAGGGUCCAGACAGAUCGCCGUGUCCUUCGCACCCAGGCCCAGUAUCUGCCCACUCGCGAGUGGCUGCCGGGUGAUCUCACCACCCAGAUUUUGGAUCUUAUUAAGGACGAGAUAAACGAAGACUUUUCUUCCCCGGAACACAAGUACUCCAUCCGCAGUCUCUCCGAGGAAGAUGUAAUUCUCCGUCUGUGGACCCUUAGCCAGACUCUGGCCGACAUGGGCUUUUCCAAGGAUAGAGUCCGCCAGAUGCUGGUUCUCAUAUGCCGGAAUCCGCCGCCCUUAGAUGCCAAUACGCCUAUUUGGGGUCUUCAGGAAAGUUUAGAAUGGUUUGCCGUAAAUUGCCCUCCGGAUGAACUCCCGCCUUAUGAAAGCCAAGCCCUACCGCCCGCGAUUGAUACCAGUAGCUCUUCGAGGUCUAAUUCUCCAAAACGCUCAGAGACUCCAGCUUCUGAUCGGGCUCCUGCGUCUAGAACAAAGCCGGUUCCGACCCAACAAGAAACCGAUAGUCCCGCUCCAUCUGAAGAAGAUUUUGAUGUCAGUGAUCUCGACAGCGAUAUGGAACCGGACCAGUUGCUCGAGACUUAUAUUAACGCCAAAUCUCGCCUCUUCCAACUUAAUCCCGACCUCGUUGCUACGGUUAAUUCUCGUUCGAAAUCUACUAAGAAGUCUCGCGGCGCCCCGAAGACAGCCCCACUGUCUGGGGGUGCGUUGAAACUUCAGAAGAAGAUCCAACAGAUCGAAUCGGAUGCUUUAUUUGAUCAGCGUGAGGCCGAUGAGAAAUGGGCAUCCAAGCGCGUAGAAUUGGCGCGGGAAGCACCCGGUAGACCAAAACGCCUUAAGGAGACUAAAAUCGCAGAGUCGGAGAGUCUAGCAGAGCCGGAAUCCAAUGCCGCAAGCGCUGCCGACGACAUCAUGCAACAAGCUGCUCUGGCUGGUGAUGUUUUAGCACAAAACGCAGACGAUGAUGAUGGCCUCCUCGGCGAAGAAGCUUGUCGCGCAAGAGACUCCGGGGCGCGUCUGACCUACAAGCACGUCUCGCCCACCACGUACUCAAGCCGCCAUUCAGUAACAAUUACUUGGACGAAAGACCAAGAACCUAUUGACGCUUCGGCUAUCCCCGAUAUUAUUUGCGAGGUUGGGCCAAGGUCUGCCACCUUUACUAUGAUCAAAGUGGCAACUCCAGGAACCCAACAGAGUGAGGCCUACGUUUCGGUCGUUGCUCUCUUUCUAGUUUUCUCUGUUUCUUCGAAAGAGGAAAAGGUUUACAUGAGGCUUCCGCCGACUUGGAGGGAUCUUUGGGCAGAAUUCUCCGAGACGCAGAAGAACAUAACUGACGAAAAGGAUCGGGAGAUGGUUAAGGACCUUCGUGGCAUCGUCCAGGAAACGCUUGAAAGGGAGGACGAAGACGGCGUCAUACUGAUGAAUGGCUUCAAGAAACGCGGCAAAGGCGUGGGAGACGGUAAUGGAGAGUCGAAUCUCCCGAUACGCAGCAACGAGGUCUCCGAAGAGGAUGCCGAGCGUUUGAAGGAGAUGUGGCAUCGUAAGACAUCCACCCCGUCCUAUCAGCGGAUGCUUGCCAUCCGGUCUCAACUUCCCAUGGCGCAUUUCCGCGAGGCUGCGCUCUCGGCCGUCGAGCGGAACCAAGUCGUCAUUCUCUGCGGUGAAACCGGUUGUGGCAAGAGUACUCAGCUACCCGCGUUCGUCCUCGAACACGAGCUGUCCAAUGGUCGUCCCUGCAAAGUUUACUGCACCGAACCUCGCCGUAUCUCUGCCAUUUCUCUGGCGCAGCGUGUCAGCGAAGAGUUGGCAUCGACGCGUUUGGUUUAUGCCACCGUUGGAAUAGUCCUGCGUAUGCUCGAAUCCUCCAAAGGGUUGGACGACGUCACGCAUCUCGUGAUCGACGAAGUCCACGAGCGGAGCAUUGACACUGAUUUCUUGCUCAUCGUUCUUCGAGCGUUGAUGGUUCGUCGGCCUGAGCUGAAGGUGAUCCUCAUGAGUGCCACUGUUGAUGCAGAUCGCUUCUCAAAAUACUUGGACGGCGCUCCAAUCGUCACUGUUCCCGGCCGCACUUUUCCUGUACAAACAAAGUUCUUGGAAGACGCCAUCGAGUUGACGCACUACGACGUCAAAACGCAGAAGAAUUCUUAUGCGGAUCAGGAAGCCGCCGACGACGAUGAUGAUAGUUCUGACGGCAACAAGUCCGGGACUGCAGGAAACCUCCAAGGCUACAGCGUCGCAACUCGGAACGCUCUCAAGGAAUACGACGAGUACAGGAUUGAUUACGAACUCAUCAUUCGCUUGGUCGAGAGGGUGGCGUACGAUCCUAACUACACGCAGUACAGCAAGGCGAUCCUAAUUUUCCUCCCUGGAAUCGCGGAGAUCCGGCAACUGAACGACAUGCUCGUCGGCCACGAGUCGUUUGCUAAGGACUGGCUCGUGUACCCGCUGCAUUCCACCAUCGCGAGCGAGGACCAGCAGGCUGCCUUCCUGGUCCCACCGCCCGGAGUGCGUAAGAUUGUGCUCGCUACCAACAUCGCAGAAACCGGCAUCACCAUCCCGGACAUCACCUGCGUGGUCGAUACGGGAAAGCACAAGGAGAUGAGAUUCGACGAAAGGAGGCAGUUGUCCCGUCUUAUUCAGUCAUUCAUCUCUCGCGCCAACGCCAAGCAGCGGAGAGGAAGAGCGGGUCGUGUUCAAGAAGGCCUUUGCUUCCAUUUGUUCACAAAAUACCGACACGACGAACUUAUGGCCGAGCAGCAGACGCCAGAAAUGCUCCGUCUUUCGCUACAAGACCUCGUCAUGCGCGUCAAGAUAUGCAAACUCGGUGAAAUCGAGCCCACUUUGUCGCAAGCUUUGGAUCCUCCGUCGACCAAGAACAUCAGGAGAGCGAUUGACGCUCUGAUUGAGGUGGAUGCUCUGACCGCAAGCGAGGAGCUGACGCCCUUGGGGAGGCAGAUGGCGAAGCUCCCUCUCGACGCAAAUCUCGGAAAACUCGCGCUUCUUGCGAGCAUAUUUGGUUGCGUCGACGUGGCCAUCACCAUCGCCGCCAUCCUCUCCUCCAAAGACCCGUUUCUCACCCCCUUCGGCCAGAGACAGCGCGCAGACCUAGCGCGUCUGGCCUUCAGACGCGGCGAUUCCGACCUCCUCACCGCGUACAAUGCCUAUGCAACGUGGCGCAAAGUGUGCACGACGCCUGGGCAAUCCGAGUUCCAGUUCUGCCAAAAGAACUUCCUCAGCCGGCAGAACCUGGCCAACAUCGAGGACCUCAAGUCGCAGCUCCUCAGCUCCCUCGCCGACGCCAACUUCGUCGCCCUCACGCCCGACGAGCGCCACGCCCUUAGCCGCUACCGCCCCUCGUCACGCAGCCGCAGCUUCGUCCCGGUGCUCGGGUCCGCCAACGCCAAUAACCAGAACGACCUCCUCAUCGCCGCCGUCAUCGCCUGGUCCUUCUACCCCAAGCUCCUCACCCGCGACGGCAAAGGCUGGCGCAACGUCGCCAGCAACCAGUCCGUCUCGCUUGCGCCCACGUCGGUCAACAAGCAGCCGCCGCCCGGCACCUCGCUGCGCUACCUCUCGUACUACCACAUCAUGCAGUCGGGCGCCAGCAAGCUCUACAACGCGCACUCCACGUCCGUCGCGCACGACGUGCCGCUCGCCCUCUUCGCCGGCGCGGGCGACGCUGAUGCGCGCCUGCAUGCCGGCGUCGUCGCGCUGGACGGCAACCGCCUGCGCUUCGCCGUCAAGGACUGGAAGACGUGCCUGGUCGUCAAGGUGCUGCGCCAGCGCGUCCGCGACCUCAUCAACGCCCUGUUGCGGAAGCCGGGCCCGCAGACGCUGAACAGGCGGCAAGCCAGGUGGUUGGAGCUGUUCUUGAAGGUCUUCGAUCGCGAAGGCAGGGAUAGGGACACUGGAAGUGCGGUCAGGAAGGGAUGA